AUGCGUCCUCAACUCGUCCACAUUUGUGCGGUUGUUGUUGUCCAUCUAGUGGCUGUCGCUUUCCAUCUAGUGACUGUUGGUGCGCAUGACGUGUCACCUAACGCCAUCACCAAGUCAGCUUCUGCGCUUCAACUUGGUCAAGGUACUAGGCACUUGAGGACUCACAGGUCUACACAAGACGGUGAAGAAGAGAGAGGAUAUGAAAUUGCAGCUGAAUUUAGCACGCUCGUGGAAGAAUACAAAAAUGUAAUGGAAAUACCGAGCGACGCACCACUACACGAGGUGGUUAAGAAAGCGUUGGAGUCGGGAUACUUCACUGAUCUCUUGAAAAAUUUUUACAAUAGAGGAAUGCAAGUUAACGACGUUUAUACGACAAUGGAGAUUUACGACAAAGAGGUGAGAGCGGGAUUUGAGAAGGCGUACAUGGAAUACGUCAACGAAAUGAACUCCAGAGUUUACCCCACGCUCCCUGAACACGUUUCAAUUCGCUCCAAAGACAAAGGUCCGGCCGAGGUCGUUCACUCCACGGUCGCUGAACCCAUUUCAGCUCGCUCCAAAGACAAAGGCCCCGCCGAGAUCGCUGGAGUCCAGCUUACUCCAAAAGAAAUGAGCGAUCAAGAUCAAUAUGCAGUGUGGCUGCAACACGGGGUCCACCCCACCGAUGUUCUAAAAUUACUGAAACUUGGCGAAGCAGGUGAGAAUUUUCUUGGAGAUUUGCGCAUGUUCACGUGGAUAAAAUACGUAAAAAAUUUUAACGACAGGCACCCCGAGAAUCCGACAACCGUGAUUGAUGCAUUGAAGAAGGGGGGAUCAAAGAAGAAACUUUGCAGAAAGGAAACGAUAAAAUCGCUGCUCAAACGUCAGAAGGAAAUUAGAACGAAUAUAUUGGAUGAGCUGACGAAUUCAUGGCUAGUUGGAGGCUAUGAUUUAGAACAAGCCCUCGACGCUUUCGGUCUUUCGCCGACCCUACCACUGACCGGUUUCGAUUUCUCUCGUUUCUUUGAAUGGAUGAACAAGUUUGCUUCUAGUUGGGUUAAACGAAAAAAGCAGAGGUUUAAUAACUUCAAGGUGUUCCCUGUUUUAUGGAGGAGGUAUGACUGGGAGGGGCUAGAGCAAUUGAAGGACCAGGCAAAAGGCAAGUCAUCUAAAAGCUUGGCCAGUAUGUUAGCCCAAUGGAUUGAAACGAAGAAGGAAGAUAUCGAAGCUGCAUCCACUAGUUCAACACAAAAGCGAAAAAGGGAUACGUAG